AAAGAAGUUAACCUUAAAGAAGUUGUAAUGGCAUGCGCAAGUAACAACGUACCUUUGUCUUCACAAUUCAUCUAUGUAGCCCAUAAAACCUCAUUUCCAUUGCAAGCUACCAAAAUCCAGUUGACAAAAACUGAUUAUUCGCGCGCUCGAGUUUUCAUCUACAUGUCGUCUUCGACUCCAUCAACACCGGUAGUCACGGACAAUGAUGUCGUGCUUAAGUACGUUCGUCGGCCUGUUGUGGUAGUUCCUGGAGAAGAGAAUGAAGGGGAUAACCUGAGCAAGAGAAGAGAACAUUUGCUGGAAAAAACUACAAGAGAGGUGCAGAGUUGUAAAGGAACUAUCGAUAAAUUGAAACUUAUCGACACAAUCCAACGACUCGGAAUCGGAUACUAUUUAGAGAAUGACAUAGUUACAUCACUACAAGAUGAGUACUCAUUCUCCUCCAAUAGCGUUCCUAAUAAUAAUUCCGCAAAUGACGACCUCUUCACAACAGCACUACGCUUCCGAUUACUUCGCCAAAAUGGACUUCGGGCUAAUGCUGAUGUGUUCUCCAAGUUCAUGGACACCAAAAGUGGGAAAUUCAAGGAAUGUUUGGCAGAGGACACAAAGGGGCUAUUAAGCUUGUAUGAAGCAUCACAUUUGGGAGCUAAAGGGGAAAAAAUACUUGAAGAAGCAAAAGAAUUCAGCAAAACUCACCUCCAAGCCAAAAUUAAUAUUAUUUCGGCUGACGAUGAAAUUGAUACAAAUGAAGCCUUGGAACUCCCGAGCCACCUUCGGAUGGAACGUUUAGAAGCAAGACGGUACAUUCAACGAUAUGCCAAACAACAAUCUCACGAUCCUGCCCUUCUCGAGCUAGCGAUAUUGGACUAUAACCGUGUCCAAGCUCAACAUCAAUUGGAACUCUCUGAAAUUACUAGGUGGUGGAAGCAGCUUGGGCUAGUCGAGAAGCUGAGCUUUGCACGAGAUAGGCCGUUAGAGUGCUUCUUGUGGAGUGUGGGCCUCCUUCCGGAGCCCAAAUACUCUGUAUGCCGAAUAGAACUCGCGAAGACCAUCGCCAUUCUCUUGGUCAUUGACGAUAUUUUCGACACGUAUGGAAAAAUGGAUGAACUCGUUCUCUUCACCCACGCAAUUCGAAGAUGGGAUCUCGAUGCCAUCGACACAUUACCGGAGUACAUGAAAAUAUGCUACAUGGCACUUUACAACACCACCAAUGAAAUAUGCUACAAAGUGCUCAAGCAAAAUGGAUGGAGUGUCCUUCCAUACCUAAAAUCAUCGUGGAUAGAUAUGAUUGAAGGUUUUAUGGCGGAGGCAGAGUGGUUCAAUGGUGGGAGAACGCCGAAUUUGGAGGAGUACAUAGAGAAUGGUGUUUCGACUGCGGGUGCGUAUAUGGCUCUUGUGCACCUCUUCUUUCUAAUAGGUGAAGGUGUGACCAAACAAAAUGCCCGACACAUGAAAAAGCCCUACCCUAAGCUUUUCUCGGCUGCCGGUCGAAUUCUUCGCCUUUGGGACGAUCUUGGAACGGCUAAGGAGGAGCAAGAACGAGGCGACCUUGCAUCGAGCAUAAAUCUACUCAUUCGAGAGAAAAACUUGACGACGGAAGAGGAGGGGAGGAAGCUAAUAUUGGAAGAGAUUGAAAGUUUAUGGAAAGAUCUAAAUGGGGAGCUCAUAUCAAAUAAGGGGAUGCCAUUGGCCAUCAUAAAAGCCGCACUUAACAUGGCGCGAGCUUCCCAAGUCGUGUACAAGCACGAAGAGGACACAUACUUUUCGAGUGUCGACAAUUACGUAGAGGACCUCUUUUUCACUCCCCUUAUAGUUUAAAUCUUUCAUCUUCAUAAUCUCCUCUUAUAAUCAAGUAUUCCAUGUUCAUACCAUGAUCUUGUUUUCAAUAAAUCAAAUGAUAUGAUGACCACAAGUUAAUAGGUGAAGUAAAAUUAAUGUAUUCACCGAUACAUAUACAUUAAUGUACAUUUCGAAUGUUAUAAGCAUAUGAAUAAAUAAUGGCUUGAUGAUCAAAAGUGUUGCAAUAAUUUUUAGUAUCAAUAGCAUAAAAAAAAUUAUAAAUUGGAGGGAAGUUUGAAAAUCC